AAAAGUGCAACAAAUCACAGUCGGAUACGGAUUAUAAAAUCGCGUGUUUUAUUCGCAAAAAGGAUAUGCGAGCAAAGACCAACGUGGGUCAAGUGUAAGACAAAAAGAAAACAAACAAUGUCCUCGAAAGUAUUCGGUUCACUGAUGGCCGAGAGCAUUCUCCUCUCGAAAGCCACUCAAAUUAUAUCCGGUUAUUCGCCGCUGACCAUUUUCCUCUUGGCCACAAUCGCGAUUUUCCUUGUGGUCUAUAAUAAGAGACGCGCACGUUGGGUGAAAUAUAUUGAAAAGAUACCAGGACCUGCAGCGCUACCCUUUCUGGGCAAUGCCAUCGAAAUGAAUGUGGAUCACGAUGAGUUAUUCAAUCGUGUUAUUGGCAUGCAAAAACUUUGGGGCACACGCAUUGGCAUCAAUCGCGUCUGGCAAGGAACAGCGCCACGUGUUCUACUCUUCGAGCCCGAAACUGUGGAGCCCAUACUGAACAGUCAGAAGUUUGUGAACAAGAGCCACGACUAUGAUUACCUGCAUCCCUGGCUGGGCACUGGACUCCUCACCAGCACCGAUCGCAAAUGGCACUCCCGCAGAAAGAUCUUGACGCCCGCCUUUCAUUUCAAGAUAUUGGAUGAUUUUAUAGAUGUAUUCAACGAGCAGAGCGUCGUCUUGGCUCGCAAAUUGAAUGUCGAGCUGGGCAACGAGGCGUUCAACAUUUUCCCCUACGUCACACUCUGCACUCUGGACAUUGUUUGCGAAACUGCCAUGGGUCGCAAAAUCUAUGCGCAAAGCAACAGCGAAUCGGAGUACGUCAAAGCCGUCUAUGGCAUUGGCUCCAUUGUUCAGAGUCGUCAGGCAAAGAUUUGGCUGCAGAGCGAUUUGCUUUUCCGCCUCACCGAGGAUUACAAGACGCAUCAGAGUUACAUUAACACGCUCCAUGGCUUCUCCAACAUGGUGAUUCGUGAACGCAAAUCUGAGCUCGCUGACAACAACAACAACAAUAACAACAAUAAUAAUGCCGAGAUGCCCGACGCUUACGAUGAUCUGGGCAAGAAGAAGCGUUUGGCUUUCCUCGAUCUGCUCAUCGAUGCCUCCAAAGAUGGCACCGUCUUAUCCAAUGAAGAUAUACGCGAGGAGGUGGAUACAUUUAUGUUUGAGGGACACGACACGACUUCAGCUGCCAUUUCCUGGACUCUAUUCCUCCUUGGAGCAAACCCAGAAUAUCAGGAGCGCGUUUACGAGGAGCUGGAGUCCAUUUUUGGCGAUGAUACCGAAACACCUGCAACCAUGAAGAAUCUGCUUGAUAUGCGUUAUUUGGAAUGCUGCAUCAAAGAUGCCCUGCGACUGUUCCCCAGUGUGCCAAUGAUGGCUCGCAUGGUGGGCGAGGAUGUGACUAUCAGUGGCAAACUUGUACCCGCUGGCACUCAGGCGAUUAUCAUGACUUAUGCGCUGCAUCGCAAUCCGCGAAUCUUUCCCAAGCCGGAGCAAUUCAAUCCGGAUAAUUUCCUCCCCGAGAACUGUGCCGGACGCCAUCCGUUUGCCUAUAUACCCUUCAGUGCUGGGCCACGUAAUUGCAUUGGACAGAAAUUUGCCAUACUGGAGGAGAAGGCUGUCAUUUCGACGGUGCUGCGUAAAUUUAAAAUUGAGUCUGUCGAUCGCCGGGAGGAUUUGACGCUAUUGGGUGAACUGAUCUUGCGUCCCAAGGAUGGACUCAGAGUGAAGAUUACGCCACGCCAUUGAGCAGAAAGUGCGGCUGAAUAGAUCCAAAGUAUUUAACUUGUAAAUAUUUAGUUAUAGUCGACUCUUAAGUAAAUCGAUAUGCUAAAUUAGCAGAUAACCCUUUGACCUCUGUGGAAUAUACAUGUAUUUACAUAUACAUAUAUAUAUGUAAAACUUUCAACUCAGUGAACCAAUA